AUGAACAUAAUAAUACGAACCCACAUCAAUCAGGUGGCCAUUGACAUCACCACAGAGGCCCAGCGACUCUUGGAGCUCCGAGGCUUCGAAGGGCUGAAGCAGCAGGCGCAGCAGGCCACCCACCUGGCCGACUCCGCGCUGAGCCGCGCCGCCGCCGCAGUCACGCGCAACGCGGCGCGCCAGGGCCACGACCAGCAGCAAGCCAGGCAGGGCUCGGAGCUGGCCGAGGGCUGGGAGGAUGUGUUGCAGAGGGCCGACCUGGUGGGCCAGCGCCUCAUCGCUGGCGCCGUGGUGGUGGCCGAGCUACGGGCGGAGGUGGAAGAGAAGCUUGGCUUCACCUGCUCUGGGGGAAUCGCCACCAACAAGAUCCUCGCAAAGUUGGGGUGCGGGCUGCACAAGCCCAACCAGCAGACGCUUUUGCUGCCCCACGCGGCGCCGGUCCUUUUGGCAGACCUGCCUUUGGAUCGCCUGCCUGGCUUGGGCGCAAUGUUCGGCCAGGAGGUGAAAACUGGUGUUGGGGUGGAAACCUGUGGCCAGUUGCUGGAGAAGCAGACAGAGGUGUUGACUCAGUUCCCACACAAAGGCGCGUGGCUGAUCGCGUUAGCACGCGGGGAGGACUCAGCCGCAGAGCCGGUCAAGGACCGCCAGCUGGUGAAAAGCCUCUCUGGUGGCAAGACCUUCUUCGGCGGCAAGCAGCUCAGGUCCGUGUCAGAGGUGGAGUAUUGGCUCGGGGAGCUUGCCGGAGAGCUUCACCGCCGCUACAAGGAGCAGGUUGAGAAGCACCAGCGGGCGCCCACGACUAUCGGAGUGCAGCUGACGGUAGACGCUGGCCGCAAGGGCCAGUCCAAGGGCCUGGACAGCUCGGCGCGGCAGCAGCCCAUCGACCUGGGCCGAGAUGGCACCUUGGAGCAGAUCCACGGGGCGGCGAAGGCUUGCUUCCGGCGCUGGGUGAGCAGCGAGCCCUUGCAGAUCGCCGCUUUGGGGCUGAGCCUCACGAACAUGGUUUCACUCGAGGCGUCCACGGGAUCUCUUGCCAAGUACUUUGGCAAGAGCAAAGCCGCGAAUUCAGGUGAGCCAUGUGCCCGCACAUCGAAACCGCAGGCGGGUCCUUUGGGCGCUUCUUUUGCCAAAGGGGCGCGCGCUGCGCCUCCGGUCUCUGACGGUGAAGUGGAUGAGCGCGUUUUGGCUGAGCUGCCGUUGAACAUCCAGCAGGAGAUUCGGGACCAGCUGCGGCUGAAGCGCCCGGGGAAUCUGCAGGAGCCGGCGCCAAAGAAGCCAUGCGUGGUGGUGGAAAUUGAGUGA